CCGCAGUGCCUUUAUCGUGGGAUGAAUAUUAGUUGGAGUAAGACACAGGAAGCUCUCGGCCCAGCCAGAAGCACAGAGGAGGUGCUCGAUGAAAUACUGUGGCACAGAGAAGACAAGCAACUCACCCAAGGUGGCACAGCUAGUAAGCAGAAGAGCCGGGAUUUGAACCCAGGAGUAUUCCUCCUGGUCCUUUGGGAUGCUGACAGAGGAGCAGAUAUACAGCAUCUCUGCCAUGAUAUAAAGGCUGCUGCGGUGCACAACUGUCUCCCUAGAAGGUACCGCAGGGGUGUAAAACUUCUCCUCCCUGCAUUGUCAGCGCGUGUCUCGGUGGAUGUCUGCUGACUUUUUCAAAAACCCUUGUAGAACAGUGGUUCUCAAAUGGUGAUUUUGUCCCCCUCACCCCAGGGGACCUUUGGCAAUAUCUUGAGAUGUUUUUGGUUGCCGUGAUUGAGGAGGUGCUACCUGCAUCUGCUGGGCAGAGGCCAGGGAUGCUGUUCAACAUCCCACAAUGCACAGGACAAUCUUCUCUACAGCAAUGAAUUAUCCAGUCCACAAUCUCAAUAGCACCAAUAUUGAGAAACCCUGUUGAAGAUGGAGCCUAUCCAUGGGGCAUUGAUCUUGGAGUCUCCCCCUUCCUGAAUACUUGAAGUCCCUCUGCAGACUCUUGGAUACCUCCAGCAAUGGGGAGCUCACCACCUGUUUUGAAGCCAGGCAGGUCUGGGCUCUUCUUGUGACUGUGUGACUCUGGAUUUUCCCACAGGUGGGAGUGGCUCCACCACCUUGAGCUUCAGUUUCCCCCAGUGCCAUGGGAUUAGCAGCAGCCCUGCCUCACAGACGGUGCGAGGAUGAAAUGAGAUGAUGUGCCAGAGUUGGCUGGUGCGGUGCAGGGUAUACAGAGAGUGCUCAAUAAACGUUCCCUGCUG